AUGCUGCAGCAAGCAGGAAUUAAGUUCAAGGCAUCGCCAGAUGAAUCCUUGCUUGACAUAAGAGCCUGGAAACCUCUCUCAAACGAGGAAGUACGGACUUCAGCCAAGAGAGCGGAGUUACUUAUGCCUCCCCUUGAAAUGGACAACGAUACUGAAUGUCUGCUCCGAAACCUCAUGGCGUUGGAGCAGUUACAUUAUCCAGGAGAAGACAAGCUUGGUGACAGUGAAGCUGUGGCGAAGCUUGUUAACGGACUUUGCCGAGAAAUGGUAGAAGAUUCCUCCAGUUUCGACCCUCUCUCCAAACUUCUGAACGAUUACUAUGAGAGCUCCUGGAACAAAAACAAGGCGUACUUGCUUGGACGCAAAGGCCUAAUCUUCUAUGAUGCUGGGAGGCACUUGGUCGUGCUUGGCUUGAGGGGAAAAAGAAAAGAGAGCAAACCCUCAGCUGUUGUUGCUUCUAUCUUGAUUGUGAUCAAAAUGCAUAAACCUUUCGACCAAAAACUUUUUGUGUUCAUUGUUCUUCUGUUGCACAUGAAACCUGAUCAUGGAUUUAUUUCAGGAGUGGAAGGGGCAAAAGUCAGGUGCACAGAAAGGGAGAGACAAGCCCUCCUUAAGUUUAAAGAAGAUCUUUUUGAUGACUACGGUAUUCUUUCUUCGUGGGGGAGUGAAGAAGAGAAGAGUGAUUGUUGUAAAUGGAGAGGCAUAGUCUGCGACAGCAAGGCUGGUCAUGUCACUUUGCUUGAUCUUCAUUCCAGGUUGGCUUAUUGGCGUACUGGAUUCCAAGGUCUGAGAGGAAUUGCUGUUGUAGCAGAAAACGCAGGGGUCCUUCUGCCUGGAAGGAAGUUUGUAUUGUUCAUCUGUUCGAAGACCAGAAUGGAAGCAAGAGUUGAUCAGUUGGAGGAAGACAUGAAAGGACUGAAUGCAAACAUGACUCUGUUGAUUUCACAGAUACAGGAGACGUAA